AUGAGUGAUUCGAAAGAUACUAUUCUAAACAUUAAAUUAAUCAAGGAGAAUUUAGAGAAGUUAAUUUUAAAGAAGGAGUUAGAAUCUACUUAUGGUGAAGUAAUGAAAAUUCUGGAAAAACUUGAUUCUGUUAAUAUUAAUCGGGAAAUAUUAAAACAAACCAAGAUAGGAGUAGUGAUGACUGCAGUUAAAAAAGGGUUUUGUGAAGUAAACAAUAUUGCAAUAGUCACAAAGGCUGAUGAAUUGAUUCGAAAAUGGAAAGAAGCAUUAGCAACAAACACCCAGCAAACUUCUAAUAAGGAUGAGAAAUUAAAUGAUCAAGAUAAAUCAUCUACAACUAAAAAGCUGAGAAAAUCCGACGAAGAAAAUUCAACUGAAGAAAAUGUAGACAAUCAGUCUCAAGUCAAGAGCGAAUUCAAAGAGAGAAUUGAGGAAGAAGGUAGUUUACAUAAAGAGUACAUAGGUCCUUUAACAGGGGAUGUGAUGAGAGACAAAGCAAGGAAUUUUCUAUGGAAAGCAAUGGUUACAGGGGUACCAUAUUCUCAAGCAAAAUUAAUGAAAGAAUCACAAGUUUGUGAAAUUGCUGCAGAAAUUGAAUCUGUACUACAUCGUGAAUAUAUAGUCAAAGGUGAAAAUUCGGUUCGUGAUUACAAUUUACAGCUUAAAACGAUCAAAUGGAAUUUGAGUGAUUUAAAAAAUCCAGAAUUAAAUUCUAAGUUAUAUGUUGGUAAGAUUACACCAGAGGAAAUUGCUAGAAUGCAAAGCAGAGAAAUGGCAUCAGAUGCAAAGCAGAAAGAAAGAGAAAAACAUAAACAGGAGAGUUUGGAAGCUUGCCAGUCAGAUUGGGACUUAAGAAAUUUGAUACAAAAGGAGGGACAAUUUACCUGCGGAAAAUGCAAGACUAAUAAAACAACAUAUUAUCAGAUGCAAACAAGAUCAGCCGACGAACCUAUGACAACAUUUGUACGUUGUUUGAAUUGUGGAAAUCGUUGGAAGUUUUAA